AUGGGAACCAAAGUCCCCGUUGGCGAGCAACAUCCGCUCGUGAGCUCGAUCUCGUCGGUGCCCGUUACGGUAGAAAGAAAGCCGUUUGUCCAACAGGGGCCCAAUCUGAGGCUUGAGCACGCCGGUACGUCUGAUGGAACUACUCUAUGGAAAUACAUAUGGAGAGGUUCUGAGCUGACUGACUGCCCGACGACACGGACACCGCCCGUGCGGACAUUGCAGCGUCUGAACAGCGGCCUCGUGGGAUUCCACAGGCUCAGGUUUGGAAUCCUCCUCUCUCUACUCGCUGUCUCUAUCAUCCACACCAACUUCUCGUAUCCCACCGUGCCAUGCCGGCUUCCAGACCCGCUGUUCCACAUCUACGUCAUUAACACUCACAAGGACAAGCACGGCAGUGACACUGGCACCUAUGACACCGAGGGCCGAUUUGUGCCGCAGAAAUUUGAGGACAUGUUCGCCAAAUAUGCGGAUGGAAAGGACAGUCUCAGUAUCUGGGAAGUCUGGAAGUUACUCGAGGGCCAGCGAUUGAUAGCAGACCCCAUCGGUUGGUUUGGCGCUUUCUUUGAGUGGCAGGCCACCUAUAUCAUGCUCUGGCCUGAAGAUGGCCGCAUGAUGAAAGAAGACAUCCGCAGGGUAUACGACGGCGGCAUAUUUUACACCAUUGCAGCUCGACGGGCGAGAAACGAGCCAACUUCAACGGGAGAUUUGGCACGAGACGAGCGCCAUUAA